AUGGCUCUCAGGUCGGCAUGGUCACGACUGAGAAACCAGUCCUCAUUUGCAAAAGCGGUCACUUACAAUCUUGUCGGCUUUGCAACAUGGAUACCGGUGCUGGCCUGGAUUAAUCUGUAUGUGGCCGAGCUCACCAUUGUGGACGGGCCUUCAAUGUAUCCGUUCCUGAACUCGGAUAAGGACUCGACUCUGCGAAGGGACGUUGUGUUGAAUUGGAAGAGAGCACCCCCGGAGACGCUCCAGAGGGGGAUGAUCGUUACCUUGAGGAGCCCUCUUCACCCCGAGGUAACUGCCAUCAAAAGAGUUGUUGCUUUGGAGGGCGAUAUUAUCAAGACAAAACCUCCUUAUCCGGUACCAACAGUCAAGGUGCCCGCUGGACAUGUUUGGGUUGAGGGAGACGGUCCUCUCGGCUCAAGUCUAGACAGCAACACGUAUGGGCCGAUCUCUAGGAGGCUUCUCACCGGAAGAGUGACACAUAUUGUGUAUCCCUUUAAGAAGUUUGGGAAGAUCAAUUGGCGCGAACACGAGCGGCCUCUCGUGUAA